AAGAAGAAGAAGAAGAAGAAGAAGAAGAAGAAGAAGAAGUACCUCGCAGAGUGUGGUGGGAUAGGAGACGUCUGAGUGGAGGACCAAGAACAGUGCCCCAGCUUGCUAACUGCAGAAGAUAUCUGCAGUGGGGAUUUUCAGGCCAAAGUCUGAAAACACUGUACUGUUCGUCAUGUUUCACGACGGCUAGCCUUCGUGUCACCCCGAGUCGAAUGGGAUAAAACAUGGGGUCUCAAACUCUUCAGAUCCUCAGGCAGGGUGUCUGGGCUUCAAUCACAGGCGGAUGGUACUAUGAUCCUCAUCAAAAUACAUUUGUCAAUGCGCUACACCUCUACAUUUGGCUAUUCCUACUAUGUUUCCCCUUCACCCUUUACAUGGUGCUCCCGCCCACCAUGGUGAUAGUGGGGAUCUACUGUGGAGUGAUAGCUGCCAUGUUCCUGCUCCUGAAGGCUGUGACCUACCGGCUGCAUCAUGCCCUGGACGACGGAGAGGUGGUAGAGCACCGGGCCAAGGGGAAAGAGGGCAGCAGAACCAGCACUGAGGGGGCCAACGAGGGCCAGGAGGACAGUAACGGACCAGGGGACCCUGGUGGGGGUAUAGCGAUGGCAGACUUCAUUCAAGAGGAAACUCCUCCAGUAGAUUGCAGCUCCAGAAACUCCUAUAAUGGAUGGACUCACCAGAUUGCGUCCACCAACGGUCACGGAGGAGCCACUACAGCCAAAGACAUGAUGUCUGACCCAAAGAUCUACUGCCUUGUCUCCAACCACUCCUUCGCCUCCAUGCAGCCCUCCACCUCCCUGGGCCCCCCCGAGCUGUCCCGCGACCCCGCCGACCUCCGUAGCGCCGCCUCCCACCCUUUCAGCCAAUCCCUGUCCUUCUGCGACACAGAGGUGUCGGCCCACGCCCCUGGCUUGCACUCUCAGUCCUUCAGGAAGGAGCCACGGACCCGGGGCCUGCCCCGCACCUCCAGCUCUGCCGGAUCAGCCUUCCCCGACCCCUCACUGCCUUCAGCUGACUUUAGCCUCUACCCCCCGCCCCGGAAAGGGGGCCUGGACCCAGUGUGUGAGCUGGAAUCUGCCAGACCCCACUGGCCAGGGGCUGAGGCUGGAGGACAGGGCCAGCGGGACAUGGAGGGGGCUGAGAGACUCGACCAGCAUCAGGACCAGGCCUCCACUUCCACCUCUGGCUGCUCCACAGACUGCUACAGACACCAGCAGGACUUCUGCAGGCUAGGGCUGGCAGGGGAGGCUCUAUACCAGACGGACCAGGGUGGUGUGGGGCGUGUGGGUGGAGGAGGAGGAGGAGGAGGAGGAGGGAAGGUCAGUGCAGACAGUCUCCGCAGCCUGAGCUCACGCAGCAGCGGCUCUACAGAGAGUUACUGCAGCGGCGGCACGGACAGAGACACCAACAGCACCGUCAGCAGCUUCCACAGCCAUGUAGAGCGUUUACUCUGCCUGUCGGGGGGCGAGCAGCGCGGGGCUGGGUCUGGGCCCCAGCAGCCUCCCCGGCCCAGGAGCGCCCAGCCCCAGCAGACUCCCCGGCCCAGGAGCGCCCAGCCCCAGCAGACCCCCCGGCCCAGGACCGCCCAGCCCCAGCAGACCCCCAGGAGCCCCACCCCAGCAACCCCGGCCCAGGAGCGCCCAGCCCCAGCAGACUCCCCGGCCCAGGAGCGCCCAGCCCCAGCAGACUCCCCCUGCAGCAGUAGCAUGAUGACCAGUGCAGACGGCUCGGCCUGCACAGCCAGCAGGGAACAGGACAGGGAGAGAGGAGAGAAAGGGGAGGUCCGACAAACUACUUCCUCCUCUGGUGCAGCCGGGCGCAGCAGCGGGCGCCGGCGGACCGGUAAGAAACGGGCGAGCAGCUUUGACACCAGCCGCCACCGGGACUACAUGUCAUUGCGUGGCAUGUCCAAGCCGCACAGUGCGGUAUUCGCCGGUGGGGAGGAGGAGUGGAGUGACGGGAGCGAGCUGAGCUGUGCUUCCUCUCUCCGAUCCACCCAAUCACACCACUUCAGCACUGACUCCUCCUCCUCAACCACCUCCCACUCCUGCCACUCCCCCGAGAGACGCUACGGCGCCCUGAAAGCCAAGCACAGUCACUCCCACAGCCACUCCCACAAUUCUGCUACCACAGCCUCCAUGUCCUCAUCACAAAAAGCCCAGGCCAGAUCUGAGGGAGGAGGGGGGCGGGCCGGAAGAGGAGGCAAGCGCCGCACCUCUCGCCGGACCCCCAGCACGGGCAGCGCCAAAACCCACGCCCGGGUGCUGAGCCUGGACAGCGGCAAGGCGGCGUCCGCCUACCUUAACGAGCCCCACCGCCUCGGGGCUCCUGCCGCCGGGCCCCGACCCCUCACCACCUCCAAAUCUGACCUGGAAGCCAAAGAGGGGGAUGUCCUGGAUGCUGCCUCCCUAUUGGGAAGGGCCUCACAGCUGGAAUCAGUGACCAGGUCCAGAAACAGUCUACCCAGCCAGACAGCCUUUUCUUCAGAGCAUCAGAAUGCUACCACUGCCAGCUCCUCACAAGCCCCCGGAAGUGAGGACACGAUCAAGUUCCGUCGCCAGGCGGUGCGGCGACGGCACAACGCAGGAAGUAACCCCACGCCCCCCUCUUCCAUCAUCGGAUCACCUCUCAGUUUUCAGGAGGCUCUCAGCAAGGCCUCCCAGCCUUCUACUUCACAGGUGAAAGGUCAGCCAUCCAGAACUCCGUCCCAGGUGACCGUGCUGAGUGCUAGUGCCUCCUUGCUGGCCAGGAAUGGAAGUGCAGACCUGGAGGGCUCUCAGGACAAGGCCUCUACCAUAGGCACUACCAGCCUGCAGGAUGACUUCGGGAAGCUCACUCCCUCCCUGUAUGAGGCAGGGGGAUGCGAUAUGUCCCUGGUCAACUUUCAACCUGCAACAAGACGCGCCGCCAACAACAUAUGGGACACAGACUCCCACCUCUCCAGUUCUACCUCAGUUCGCUUCUACCCUCAUGACCUGAUCCGUCUGAACCGUCUCCUGACCAUGAGACCAGAGCUGUUGGAUCAGCAGGAUGUAGACCUGAGCCCAGAGCUCCAUGAUGUUCCUCUAGACCUGGAGGACCCGGCCACGGCUGCAGCGCGCAAGGCCAAACAGCACUACCGUUUCUGGCUGCUGCCUAACCUCUGGGUCGGCCUGCACUUUGACAGACUCACCCUGCUGGCUCUGUUCGACAGAAACCGUGAGGUUCUAGAGAACAUCCUAGCGGUGGUGCUAGCCGUCCUGGUAGCCUUCCUGGGGUCAGUCCUACUGGUCAGCGGAUUCUUCACUGACAUCUGGGUCUUCCAGUUCUGCCUCGUCAUCGCCAGCUGCCAGUACUCACUACUCAAGAGUGUUCAACCAGACUCUUCUUCUCCUCGUCAUGGCCAUAACCGUAUCAUAGUCUACAGUCGGCCCGUCUACUUCUGCCUGUGCUGUGGGUUGAUCUGGGUGUUGGACUAUGGUAGUGAUGGGACCGGCUCGGCCCGGUUCACCCUGUACGGUGUCGCCCUCACCAGCUCCCUGGUUCUCGCCACUGCCAGGGACCUCGUCAUAGUGUUCACUCUGUGCUUUCCUAUCGUGUUCUUCGUGGGGCUCCUUCCCCAGGUUAACACCUUCGUCAUGUACCUCUUUGAGCAGCUGGAUAUCCACGUGUUCGGGGGGAACGCCUCCACCAGCCUUCUGUCAUCUCUUUACAGUGUCCUGCGAAGCGUGGUCACUGUGGCCCUGCUCUAUGGCGUCUGCUACGGGGCCCUGAAGGAGACCUGGGAACCCCAGCAUAUUCCUGUGUUAUUUUCGGUGUUCUGUGGCCUCCUGGUGGCGGUCUCCUACCAUCUGAGCCGGCAGAGCAGCGACCCCUCUGUACUCAUUUCCUUGGUGAAGUCCAUGAUUCUACCCAACCUGAAAAACAAGAACCCAGAAGACCCCCUGUCUGAGGUGCAGGACCCUUUACCCGAGAAGCUCAGGGGCUCCGUGAACGAGCGUCUGCACUCUGACCUGAUCGUCUGCGUCGUCAUCGCCGUCCUCUACUUCGCCAUCCAUGUCAGCACCGUGUUCAUCGUUCUGCAGCCGUUCCUGAGUUACGUGCUCUACUCUCUACUGGGGGCCGUGGGCCUGCUAACCCACUACCUGCUGCCACAAGUCCGCAAGCAGCUGCCCUGGUACUGCCUCUCACAGCCACUGCUCAAGACCAAGGAGUACCACCAGUUGGAGGUCAGGGGUGAGGCGCAUGUGAUGUGGUUUGAGAGGCUCUAUGUGUGGCUGUUGUUCUUGGAGAAGAAUGUUCUGUAUCCCCUGGUCAUCCUCAACGAGCUGAGUGGCAGUGCCAGGGAACUGGCCAGUCCCAGGAAACUGGACACUGAGGUUGGAGCGUUGAUGAUAACAGUGGCAGGUCUGAAGCUGCUUCGUUCCUCCUACAGUAGCCCCACCUACCAGUACAUCACAGUACUCUUCACCGUCCUCUUCUUCACCUUCGACUACCGCAACCUCUCGGAGACCCUGCUGCUGGACCUCUUCCUCAUGUCCAUCGUCUUCAGCAAGCUGUGGGAGCUGUUCUACAAGCUGUGUUUUGUCUACACCUACAUCGCUCCCUGGCAGAUCACCUGGGGGUCGGCCUUCCACGCCUUCGCCCAGCCCUUCGCCCAGCCUCACUCUGCCAUGCUGCUUGUUCAGGCUGUGGUGUCAGCAGUCCUCUCUACUCCGCUCAACCCCUUCCUGGGCAGCGCCAUCUUCAUCACCUCCUAUGUCAGACCCGUCAAGUUCUGGGAGAGAGACUACAACACUAAGAGAGUGGAUCACUCCAACACCAGACUGGCGUCUCAGCUGGACAGAAUCCCAGGUUCUGACGACAACAACCUGAACUCUAUCUUCUAUGAGCACCUGACGCGCUCCCUGCAGCACAGCCUGUGUGGGGAUCUGCUGCUGGGCCGCUGGGGCAACUAUGGGACAGGGGACUGCUUCAUCCUGGCUUCAGAAUACCUCAACGCCCUGGUUCACCUGGUGGAGAUCGGCAACGGACUGGUCACCUUCCAGCUCCGAGGACUGGAGUUCAGAGGUACGUACUGCCAGCAGAGGGAGGUGGAGGCCAUUACGGAGGGGGUGGAGGAGGAUGAGAGCUGCUGUUGCUGUGAGCCAGGCCACCUGCCCCAUGUCCUGUCCUUCAACGCGGCCUUCGGACAGCGCUGGCUGGCCUGGGAGGUGCUGGUCACCAAGUACGUCCUGGAGGGCUACAGCAUCACGGACAACAGCGCGGCCUCCAUGCUCCAGGUGUUCGACCUCAGACGUAUCCUCACCACCUACUACGUCAAGGGGAUCAUAUACUAUGUGAUCGCCUCAACCAAACUGGAGGAGUGGCUGGCCAAUGAGACGAUGAAGGAGGGUCUGAAGGCCUGUGGAGAGAGGAACUACGUGGACCUGGACCCGACCUUUAACCCCAACAUAGACCAAGACUACGACCACCGCCUGGCUGGUAUCUCCAGGGACUCCUUCUGCCAGGUUUACCUGGGCUGGAUCCAGUACUGCAACUCCCGACGGGCCAAGCCGCUGGACAGUGAGAAGGACUCUUCCCUGGUGUUGCUGUGCUUUGGCCUGUGUGUGCUGGGCAGGAGAGCCCUAGGGUCAUCAUCACACCACAUGUCUAGUAACCUGGAGUCUUUCCUGUAUGGACUCCAUGCGCUGUUCAAGGGAGACUUCCGGAUCUCCUCGGUGAGAGAUGAGUGGGUCUUUGCCGACAUGGAACUCCUGAGGAAGGUGGUGGUGCCUGGGAUCCGCAUGUCACUCAAACUACACCAGGACCACUUCACGUCCCCAGAUGAGUAUGACGAGCCUGUGGUUCUGUUCGAGGCGAUCUCUUCCCACCAGCAGAACCUGGUGAUCGCCCACGAGGGUGACCCGGCCUGGCGCAACGCGGUGCUCUCUAACUCGCCCUCACUACUCACCCUGCGCCACGUCCUGGACGAGGGAACCAACGAGUACAAGGUCAUCAUGCUCAACAGACGAUACCUCAGUUUUAGGGUCAUCAAGGUUAAUAAGGAGUGUGUGAGAGGUCUGUGGGCGGGACAGCAGCAGGAACUGGUGUUCUUACGGAACAGGAACCCGGAACGCGGGAGCAUCCAGAACGCCAAACAGGCGCUACGCAACAUGAUCAACUCUUCAUGUGACCAGCCCAUUGGAUAUCCCAUCUACGUGUCGUCCCUGAUGACAUCCUAUUGCAACUCCCACGCACAGCUAGGUCACAUCCUGGGAGGACCAAUCAGCAUCGGGAAUAUAAGGAACUUCAUCGUUAGUACCUGGCACAGGUUGCGUAAGGGCUGUGGUUCUGGCUGUAACAGUGGUGGGAACAUUGAGGACUCUAAUGCAGGGGGCUUGUCCUGUACCAGCGGUAACGGGAUGGGGAUGAGCGAUGACUCCCAGCAGAGCUCUGCUCCCCUGGCCUACCAGCCACACUCUAUGGGCACCAGUCAAAGCUCCCAGUCGGUCCAGUCUGGUCUGGUGCACCCCUCCCCAGCCCGAGCCUCCGUAACCAGCCAUUCCUCUUCGUACCGCUACAGUAGCAGCCGCCAUUCCUCCCUGCGUACCUCAGCCACGGGCCUGGAGCCCUGCCGCCACUCCUCCCUACGUACCUCAGCCACGGGCCUGGAGCCCUGCCGCCAUUCCUCCCUACGUACCUCAGCCACGGGCCUGGAGCCCUGCCGCCGUUCCUCCACCAGCCAGCUCUCCCUCCGCACCCUCCCCACCUCCCUGCAGCUCCGCCUGGGCUCAGGGUUCUCCUCGGACCCAGCCGGCCCCUCCGCAUCCCUGUCCUCCCACAGUAUCCCCACCUGUAAGAGACAUACCCUAGUGGGCCUGCUGGGGAACGACGGGCUGUGUAGCGCCAUAGCUGACCCGCUCGGUCAACACCACCACCACCAACACAACCCGGCUCUAUCCACUGUGAGAAGAGAUGACAUCUCCUACAGAGUGCAGAUCGUGGAUGUGAGCCAGGUGCUGGAGAUCAUUAACCUGUCGAAGCGGAAGGAGCUGCAGUGGCCUGACGAGACGGUGAGGCUGAGGGCAGGACGCAGCUGCUGGAGAGACUGGCGCCCCCUGGAGGGCAUGGAGGGACAUGUGAUUCACCGGUGGGUGCCUUGUAGCCGUGACCUCACCAGCCGCUCCCAUAUAGACCAGACCAUCCUGCUGGUUCAGGUGGAUGAAAAACUGGUCCCCAUCAUAGAGACUGGGGUUAUAGAGCUGGGAGCCGAGGUUUGACUGGGCCUGAGACAGGGUCCUGUUCAUUAGGCACCAAAUGGAAGAAAUCAGAGUCGAAUAGGGAAAGACUACUGUGGACUCGUCCAUUUGCGAAACGCUCUUUUUUUGUUUUUGAAACAUUUUCCGUUGCACAACGUUUUGAAACUAUGGUGUGUCCGAAUUAAUGCACCCCUCUCCUCUUGGGAGUUACCCAGCCAGAGGUCAGAGGUCAGGGUUCAUCUCGCAGCAGGCCUCCCUGUUCUCUCUCUAGUGCAGAAGGAUCAGUGUGUGGUCCGAGGUAGUGCACUAAUAAUAGUGAACAGGGUUCCGUUUUGGAUCUUUAUAAGGGAGAAAGGAAGCCAGGGACAUGUGCAAGGAAAGGCGAGUAAAGACUGGUACCCAGGCUAGAGUGCAGCAGACUGGUAACCCAGGCUAGAGUGCAGCAGACUGGUGCCCAGGCUAGAGUGCAGCAGACUGGUACCCAGGCUAGAGUGCAGCAGACUGGUCCCCAGGCUAGAGUGCAGCAGACUGGUACCCAGGCUAGAGUGCAGCAGACUGGUACCCAGGCUAGAGUGCAGCAGACUGGUCCCCAGGCUAGAGUGCAGCAGACUGGUGCCCAGGCUAGAGUGCAGCAGACUAGUACCCAGGCUAGAGUGCAGCAGACUGGUGCCCAGGCUAGAGUGCAGCAGACUAGUACCCAGGCUAGAGUGCUGCAGACUGGUGCCCAGGCUAGAGUGCAGCAGACUGGUACCCAGGCUAGAGUGCAGCAGACUGGUACCCAGGCUAGAGUGCAGCAGACUGGUACCCAGGCUAGAGUGCAGCAAACUGGUACCCAGGCUAGAGUGCAGCAGACUGGUAACCCAGGCUAGAGUGCAGCAGACUGGUACCCAGGCUAGAGUGCAGCAGACUGGUCCCCAGGCUAGAGUGCAGCAGACUGGUACCCAGGCUAGAGUGCAGCAGACUGGUACCCAGGCUAGAGUGCAGCAGACUGGUAUCCAGGCUAGAGUGCAGCAGACUGGUCCCCAGGCUAGAGUGCAGCAGACUGGUGCCCAGGCUAGAGUGCAGCAGACUAGUACCCAGGCUAGAGUGCUGCAGACUGGUGCCCAGGCUAGAGUGCAGCAGACUGGUACCCAGGCUAGAGUGCAGCAGACUGGUACCCAGGCUAGAGUGCAGCAGACUGGUGCCCAGGCUAGAGUGCAGCAGACUGGUAUCCAGGCUAGAGUGCAGCAGACUGGUCCCCAGGCUAGAGUGCAGCAGACUGGUGCCCAGGCUAGAGUGCAGCAGACUGGUACCCAGGCUAGAGUGCAGCAGACUGGUACCCAGGCUAGAGUGCAGCAGACUGGUGCCCAGGCUAGAGUGCAGCAGACUAGUACCCAGGCUAGAGUGCUGCAGACUGGUGCCCAGGCUAGAGUGCAGCAGACUGGUACCCAGGCUAGAGUGCAGCAGACUGGUACCCAGGCUAGAGUGCAGCAGACUGGUACACCCAGGCUAGAGUGCAGCAGACUGGUACCCAGGCUAGAGUGCAGCAGACUGGUACCCAGGCUAGAGUGCAGCAGACUGGUACCCAGGCUAGAGUGCAGCAGACUGGUACCCAGGCUAGAGUGCAGCAGACUGGUACCCAGGCUAGAGUGCAGCAGACUGGUAACCCAGGCUAGAGUGCAGCAGACUGGUAACCCAGGCUAGAGUGCAGCAGACUGGUACCCAGGCUAGAGUGCAGCAGACUGGUACCCAGGCUAGAGUGCAGCAGACUGGUACCCAGGCUAGAGUGCAGCAGACUGGUACCCAGGCUAGAGUGCAGCAGACUGGUACCCAGGCUAGAGUGCAGCAGACUGGUCCCCAGGCUAGAGUGCAGCAGACUGGUCCCCAGGCUAGAGUGCAGCAGACUGGUAACCCAGGCUAGAGUGCAGCAGACUGGUACCCAGGCUAGAGUGCAGCAGACUGGUUCCCAGGCUAGAGUGCAGCAGACUGGUGCCCAGGCUAGAGUGCAGCAGACUGGUACCCAGGCUAGAGUGCAGCAGACUGGUACCCAGGCUAGAGUGCAGCAGACUGGUGCCCAGGCUAGAGUGCAGCAGACUGGUGCACAGGCUAGAGUGCAGCAGACUGGUACCCAGGCUAGAGUGCAGCAGACUAGUACCCAGGCUAGAGUGCAGCAGACUGGUACCCAGGCUAGAGUGCAGCAGACUGGUGCCCAGGCUAGAGUGCAGCAGACUGGUGCCCAGGCUAGAGUGCAGCAGACUGGUACCCAGGCUAGAGUGCAGCAGACUGGUGCCCAGGCUAGAGUGCAGCAGACUGGUGCCCAGGCUAGAGUGCAGCAGACUGGUACUCAGGCUAGAGUGCAGCAGACUGGUACCCAGGCUAGAGUGCAGCAGACUGGUACCCAGGCUAGAGUGCAGCAGACUGGUACCCAGGCUAGAGUGCAGCAGACUGGUGCCCAGGCUAGAGUGCAGCAGACUGGUACCCAGGCUAGAGUGCAGCAGACUGGUACCCAGGCUAGAGUGCAGCAGACUGGUACCCAGGCUAGAAUAAAGCAGUACACACGUCUAUCUGCCUUGCCCUUUGUGUCACAAUAUGCUACAUGAAAGUAACCCUAAGAAGUUGAACAUUGCUACCAACGGUAAUUAUUUUCUAUGCAUUUAUUUUUAUUACUUUGACAGACAGUGUGCACCCACGUGACAUACACACAAAUAUGUGCACAAGCUCAUGACGGCGGUUCGAUUUAUGAUUACGACAGAACUGAGUGUGAGGAAGUUGUGUAAAACUGCAAUGUUUUAUUUUUCUUGUUUGUCUCAAAAUAAUUUGCCAAAAAAGCCUGGCCCUGAAAGUGGCCAUGGUUUCACACACGUGACAUGACACGUCUAAGCUUUAUGUUGCUGCCAAGAAGACUACAGAGAAACCGAUAGUAGCAGUAGUUAAGGGGGAAGACAUGCAGGUGCUAGAUAAACUAUUUACGAUGUCCUCAUUGCCAUUCCUAUUGGUUUGUUUUGGAAGUUGCAAAAAAAGACAUUGUGAGCAGAAAUAAACGUACACUACGAUUUUCUUUUUUAAUUUACAGUGAUGCACUACAAUCUUUGAGGUCAUAUCACAUUAUUUUAUUUAUUAAGACUCUUAGUGGCCAUGGUUACCGAUGCCUUGAAUUAAAAUAAAAUAAUGCAAUCAUUGUUUAUUCAGCUAUUUUUGUUUUUGCUUUUUGAUAAACUUGAAAAAAGUUUUUACAGUAUAUAAUUUUAUAUAUAUGAAUAUAUAUAUAUAUUAUGUCAAUGUACAACAUAUCUUUUUUGUUAUAAAUAUUUAUUACUGUGAACGUGGUAUUUACAAUUUGUUACAUAUUUUUUCAUUUAUGCGACAAAGGUUAUAUAAAUGUAUCGAGGACCAUCGGUUGAAAAACAAGAUGCUGAAUUUUUGAUGGGCUGUUUCCUUUAACUUAAUUAUUUUUCUAUAUGGAGAAAUAAAAAGCGUUUGAUUUACA